UUUCGCUUCACUCGUAUUUCUCGUUUGUUUUCGAGUGGACGUGUUGUUGGGACCGUCGUCAAUUGUUUUGUUAUUUGUUGUUCAUUUUCUGGUAUAGUGAAAUUGAUGAAAUAUUGUAAUUGUUAAAGCCAUUUUUUACGAUAAAAAAACAGACUGUGCAAUAGUGAUAUAUUAAUUGAAACUACCUAUUAGCAAAGAAGUGGUACUUGAUUCGCAGUCACCAUGGUUGCACCGAAGGAACCUGCACAAAAACUACGCUAUGAUGGACGCGUCGUCGUGGUGACCGGAGCAGGCGCUGGAUUGGGUCGUGAGUACGCUCUUCUGUUCGGAUCGCGCGGUGCAAAGGUCGUCGUGAACGACCUGGGCGGUAAUUUCCAUGGGCAGGGCAAAUCGAACGCAGCGGACAAAGUGGUAGAAGAGAUUCGGGCUGCCGGUGGUGUUGCCGUACCAGACUACAAUUCGGUCGUCGAUGGCGAUAAGAUCGUCCAGACGGCGCUCGAAAACUUUGGACGAAUCGAUGUGCUGGUGAACAAUGCAGGCAUAUUGCGCGAUCGCAGCCUGGCACGCAUUUCCGACGAAGAUUGGAAUUUGAUCCAUGAUGUGCAUCUGAAGGGUAGCUUCCUGACGACGCGAGCGGCCUGGCCGGUGAUGAAGAAGCAAAACUAUGGACGCAUCAUUAUGACGUCGAGCAAUUCGGGAGUUUAUGGUAACUUUGGUCAAGCGAACUACAGUGCGGCCAAGCUGGGUUUGGUUGGUUUGGCCAACACUGUAGCUAUCGAGGGCGCAAAGAACAAUAUCCACUGCAACGUGAUAGUGCCAACGGCGGCUUCCCGCAUGACUGAGGGCAUUUUACCGGAGAUCCUGUUUAAUGAGCUUAAACCUAAACUGAUUGCUCCGGUAGUGGCCUACCUUUGCCACGAAUCGUGCGAUGAUACGGGAGCGAUCAUCGAAAGUGCGGCCGGCUGGGCUACAAAGGUAUACUUUGUGCGCGGCAAAGGAUGCGUUUUGCGUAGCGCCAUCGAUGAAGACGUUUCACCCGAAUACGUGGAAAAGGUGUGGAAUCGUGUUACGGACAUGUCCGAGGCCCGUCGCCUGAACGCAAUCGGUGAGGCUAGUCUAAGCCUGGUGGGAAUGCUGGAAAAGUUGCGCGAUGGCAAAAACAAUGAAAACUCUGUCACCGAAACGUUCCGGUACGGGUUUAAGGAUGUCAUUCUGUACGCACUCGGUGUCGGUGCGACCGUAACGGAUCCAACCGAUUUGAAGUUCCUGUACGAGAACAAUCCGGACUUUAGUGUGUUGCCAACAUUUUUCGUCCUGCCCGGGAUACUGGCCGUGAUGGGAUCCAGCUUGACGGCUUCUGCUAUCACACAUACUACCUUUGACCUGACUAAUAUUCUUCAUGGUGAGCAAUACCUGGAACUGUUUGAAGCACCUCCAACGGAGGGCGUUUUAACGACCACUUCGACCGUGCUGGACGUAGUGGAUAAAAAAUCCGGUGCCCUAGUUAUCACUCAGUCCGAUUCGUACGACGAGCAGGGCACCCUGAUUGCUCGUAAUCAAAGCUCGACGUUCGUUGUCGGUGCGGGAAAUUUCAACGGGAAAACGAAGGCCGGUCCCGAGGUGAAACCGCUGGUACCGAACCCGAAACGAUCCCCGGACGCUUCCGUCGAGGUUCCGACACAGAGGGACCAGGCAGCCGUGUACAGGUUGUCGGGUGAUUUGAAUCCGAUGCAUAUCGAUCCAAGCUUUUCCGCAAUCGCCGGAUAUAAGGUGCCGAUUCUGCACGGACUCUGUACGAUGGGCGUUUCGGUGAAGGCAGUGUUGAAGCAAUUUGGCGGCGAUGAUCCUGCCCUGUUCCGGGCGGCCAAGGUACGCUUCUCCAAACCGGUGCUACCGGGUCAAACGCUGCGCGUCGACAUGUGGAAGGAACCGAACAACCGAGUUUGUUUCCGCACGGUAGUGGUCGAGACGAAUGCAGAGGUGCUUUCGGGUGCGUACGUGGACUUCAAGCAGAUCGUCAUCAAACCGAACAUGACUGCCGCCGUUGACCUACAGAGCGAUGCCGUUUUCGCCGGCAUCAAGGACCGUGUGGCUGAGAAUGAAGCCAAAGCGAAGGCAAUCAAUGCGGUGUUCCUGUACAAAAUCACCAGCGGUGGCAAGGUGGCCAAGGAGUGGGUACUUGACCUAAAGAACGCGAAAGUCUACGAAGGAUCGGUACAGGGCGGCGGCAAAGCCGAUACGACCAUGACGAUAGCCGAUGGGGAUAUGAUCGAGCUGGCACUUGGCAAACUGCAGCCCCAGACUGCUUUCAUGAAGGGCAAGCUGAAGAUCACCGGUAACAUUAUGCUGGCGCAAAAGUUGGCUCCGUUGCUGAAGACGGAAGCGAAACUGUAAAGCGGCAACUUAACUACACAUCCGAGAGCUGCUUUUCUGGUGUGUUGGAGAGUACGGAUCGAUGGCGAUCCGUUGCGUACAUACAUACAUUUCCAAAGUUAAACAAUGUUGGUUUUAAAGUGAAUACACCACACACACACAAACGUGUACAUGUACUCUAGCGAAGGAAUUACAAUUUGGUCUAUGAACGAUGAACAGAGCAGUGGAAUGGAUUUCUUAUAGCCACAAAGAUUAGAUGCUUUACGGCAUGACUGGGUAUAAUUUUAUAAAUGGUACGAACCCCCCUCCUUUUUUCUUUAUUAGUCUGCUCUGAUAAGCCAUUCGAUUGUACCCGUAAAAGGGACUGCAACGAAGGAAGUAUUUUCCGUUUCAUUUGGUUUGUAAUUGUUUUAAACUGGUUUUUCUUAUCCGCUAACAUGUACUGUACCUUUAACCCUGUUAUUAUUUAGACUACACACACACACACACACACACAUCAUGAUGGUGGCAUGUUAAAUCAUAAAUUCACAAAUCCGGGGCUAUGGGCAAUAAACGGAAGAAAAUACAUAUUUGUACAAAACGA